GCUCUGAUUUGACCCCUAGUUUAGGAACUUCCAUAUAGUGCAGGUGCGGCCCUAAAAAGUCACCAAUUUUUUUUAAAUAAUAACUUUUGUGUAUGUCUCAAGAUUUCCAUUAUCUACCUCUACAUUUAUCCUCACAUUCAGUCUAUUUAAAAAUAAUCCUUUCCUCACUUCCUUUCUUCCAGGUUUUCACCAGUGGAACCCAUGUAUCUGACACGAUAAAUUACAUUUUUCUGUUUGCAGGCAUAAACUACUAUUAAAAAAAACAAUCUGUUCCUAUACAACACAUUACAGGAAUACUUUGAGGGCUCCUACUCUCUCUCUUCCAGGGCCAUAGAGAGCCAGGCAAAUGGAAAAGUAAUUACUACAUUUAAUAAAAGGGCAGAAUUGCAUAUAAAGAGAAGGACAUUCAACCAGCCCCCUGCUCACCACACUCAAAAAACUGAGGUCCCCUGCUUCUCUCUUUCCAGAUGCCCUCUGCUGAGGGGAUACCACAUUGAUAUUCCAUCCAUGAUGUUAGUUCUGGGGUAAAUGUUCUUUUAAAAGGUGGUAGAAAAUUAAUUAGCAUCCCUAAAUAGCAUCCAUUUUGUCAGUCUUUAACGCUAAAGCUGAAAGCACUGCAGAGUCUGACAGGCACCCACUUAAACACCUGAGCUGAAGGAGCUCACGGCUCAGAUAAGGGCUUCAUCUGGAACCAUCAAGUCUCUGAGCACAGAUGUGUCCUGGUUUCUAAGGUCCAUCAUGAGUGAGAAAUGGGACUCCAACUCGUCAGAAAAAUGGCAUCACAAUUGGAGUGCCAACGACACAAAGCUAGAUCUGUACUCAGAUAGCAGUAUCACCUAUGUGAACUACUAUCUCCACCAGCCUCAAGUGACAGCAAUUUUCAUUAUUUCCUACUUUCUGAUAUUCUUUCUGUGCAUGGUGGGAAACACAGUGGUUUGCUUUAUCGUCAUGAGGAACAAACACAUGCACACAGUCACUAAUCUCUUCAUCUUGAACCUGGCCAUCAGUGACUUACUGGUCGGCAUAUUCUGUAUGCCUAUCACGCUGCUGGACAAUAUCAUAGCAGGAUGGCCAUUUGGAAGCUCAAUGUGCAAGAUCAGUGGCUUGGUCCAAGGGAUAUCUGUUGCAGCUUCAGUAUUUACUUUAGUUGCAAUAGCAGUGGAUAGGUUCCGGUGUGUCGUCUACCCUUUUAAACCAAAGCUCACUAUCAAGACAGCAUUUGUCAUUAUUAUGAUUAUCUGGGUACUGGCCAUUGCCAUUAUGUCCCCAUCUGCAAUAAUGUUACACGUACAAGAAGAAAAAUAUUACCGAGUGAGACUCAACUCCCAGAAUAAAAGCAGCCCUGUCUACUGGUGCCGGGAAGACUGGCCAAAUCAGGAAAUGAGGAAGAUCUACACCACUGUGCUGUUUGCCAACAUCUACUUGGCACCCCUGUCCCUCAUUGUCAUCAUGUAUGGAAGGAUUGGAAUUUCACUCUUCAAGACAACAGUGUCCCACAGAGGCAAACAGAACCAGGAGCACGUGGUGUCCAAGAAGAAGCAGAAGGUCAUUAAGAUGCUCCUGGUGGUUGCCCUGCUUUUCAUUCUCUCCUGGCUGCCUCUGUGGACUCUGAUGAUGCUCUCAGACUAUGCUGACCUGUCUCCAAAUGAACUGCAGGUCAUCAACAUCUACAUUUACCCUUUUGCACACUGGCUGGCCUUUUGCAACAGCAGCGUCAACCCCAUCAUUUAUGGUUUCUUCAAUGAGAAUUUUCGCCGUGGUUUUCAAGAUGCUUUUCACCUCCAGUUCUGCCAAAAAAGAUCAAAGCCCAAGGAAGCCUACUCCCUAAGAGCUGAAAACAAUGUGGUCUUCAACACAUCUUAUCUGUCAGCUCAGGAAACUGCAAUUAAAAACCCGCAUGAGAAAAUCAUGCUUUGCAGGAAAAGUGCUCAGAAGCCUAUACAGGAAUGCGUGAUGGAGGAAUUAGGAGAACUUACCAAUAGCAAUGAUAUGUGAAAAGAGCCAGUAGAAUGAUUUUCAACUCUACUGCAUGUUAUAUAUUGAGAUACUGUUGGUUUCUCUGGCUCUCUACUUCAGUUCUUCUUAAGAAUGCUAGAAGUCCUCUCUGGAAAAAAGUAAACAAAAUGACCUUCUGUUCAUAAUCAACCUUAUUGUACGUAAAAUAUAUGCAGAGAUCCAAAUGCAAAUUUUCCUAGAUAAAUCUAUUUUCUAGGACCAAUUUUCAAAGCCUGAUCUUGUGCAAUUUAGCUAUUUGUGUAUGAAUCAAGCAUGUUUUAUGCGUAUGUGCAUGUAUGCAACACACAGACAUUUUCCUCAAGUGGUGAUAAAGAGGCAGUUCUUUGCACGAGAACACAUUUUGUCAAUUCUCCCUUAGACUGCAGAAUUAUUUGUCUGUUUCUACUUUUUAAAUGUACUUAGCUUUCUUAUAAAUAAGAACUACAAUAGCAAAUAAGGGGACACUGUAUUUCUUUGUAUUUAGAGGUUGCUAUAUUUUUUUCUUUAAAGAUUACAGUCAGGGAUUUCCCUUGUGGCACAGUGGGCUAAAGAUCAAGCCUUGUCACUGCAGCAGCGGGGUUUGCUGCUGUGGCACAGGUUCAAUCCCUGGCCUGGGAACUUUCACAUUACAUGUCAUGG